AAGAGGAGAAUUUUCUGGAAUCGUCAGAAAGAGUAUAAAAUACUCUUCAAAUUUCCAUAGUAGAAAGAGGGAGAAAGCGUAGGGUUUUGAUUGUUCUGGUUAAGGCGGAAGAAUGGCGGUGAUUGAAGAUGAAUCUUCCGGUGAAAAUAAUUUGAAAUCACGGCCUAAUUCAGCGGCGGCGCAACCUGGUUACGGUUCCGAUGGCUAUGAGACCGCCAGUGAUACGGAGCUAACUGACGCCGUUCCAGAACCUGAAAAUCAUUCCCGUAGCAAUGGUGGUGAUACCGGUCAGCAUAAUGAUGUUAGUAGUGUUAAGAAUGGGGAUGAUGGGGUGAGCCGUGAGGGCAAGGAAGACGAACAGCAAGGGAAGAUUGAAACCAUAGAUAUUGAAGCGAAUGAGAAAGCCUUAGCCCGAGCAAAUGAUGCAAAGCUUGAGGGAAAUUCCUUCUUUAAAGCUGGACAAUACGAAGAGGCAUUGACAAAGUACGAGUUUGCUAUACAUAUUUCCCCAGAUGAUCCUUCAUCUAGUGAAGUACGGUCCAUGUGUCAUGCAAAUCGGGCUGCUUGUUUCUUCAAAAUGGGGAAAUAUGAGGAGACAGUCAAAGAGUGUACAAAGGCACUGGAGCUGAAUCCUACAUACAUGAAAGCUCUUAUAAGAAGAGGAGAAGCACGCGAAAAACUUGAACAGUAUGAGGAGUCAAUUGCUGACAUGACUAGAAUCUUAGAAUUGGAUCCAUCAAAUGACCAAGCUAGGAGAACUAUCAUCCGUUUAAAGCCAUUAGCAGAAGAAAAGCGUGAAAAGAUGAAGGAAGAGAUGAUUGGGAAACUGAAAGAGAUGGGGAAUUCCAUUCUGGGUCGUUUUGGAAUGAGUGUUGACAACUUUAAAGCUGUCAAAGAUCCAAACACUGGUUCCUAUUCGAUUGCAUUUCAACGCUAGGUUCUCAUUCCUAGAUAUAUAUCAAAUAUAUUUGUUCUUAAGAAAGAAUGUUUGAGAAAUAAGAUAACUAUUGAAAAAAUUGCAGGAGAACUGGAGUACUUCUGAUAUGUACUGGUGAGUUAUAUGUUUGUUGCAUGAUAAUUUUGAGUUCUCCCAUAGACUCUUUCUUGCUUUUCUUGUGGAAUGUAUCUGAUGCUAA